UCCGCGUCUACGAUUACAAGGCUAGUUACGGUGUGGUCCUAGCAGGUCACUCUAUGAAGCUGGAGGAUUGCUUUACAGAGCACAUUAAGGCGCACACAGCGAGCGUGUUCCAGAAGAUCGAGGAAAAUGUCAAGAUUCUUAAGGAACCAGACGAUAGCCCAGCUGAACAGCAGUCCACAAGUCUUUUUGCCGUAAGCUCACCGCAGUUCAUCACCGCAGUCAUAAUUAUCGCUGGCCUGUUGCUUCUUGCUUGUGUUUUGGGAAUCAUCUAUGAACGUUGCCGAAAGAAGACCAGUAAAGAAUUCAGAUUGUCUCAGUUAGGCAGAACUGCACUUGAUGUUGGAGGAGGUGGUGAUUGCUUUUUUAGGGCUGUAUCACAUCGACUCUAUGUAAAUCCUAAUAGUCAUUUCUAUGUGCGCAGUGUUGGCAUUCAUAUUGAGUGA